AUGUUCGCCCCGCUCCGCCCCCUGUUCCUGGCCCUGCUGGCCGCUCCCCUGCUCGCGCUCGCGGCACCGCCCGAAGCCGCCACCGAGCACGUCAAGGCCCGCCUGGUGUCCGGCCAUGCCGCCGUGGCGCCCGGUCAGAAGUUCACGGUCGCGCUGGAGCAGAACAUCAAGUCGCACUGGCACACCUACUGGCUCAACCCCGGCGACUCCGGCCAGGCCACCACCAUCGACUGGACCGGCACCCAGGCCGGCCCCAUUCAGUGGCCGACACCGUCCGUGCAGGCCAUCGGCCCCAUCGUCAACUACGGCUACGAGGGCCGUCCGGCGCUGCUGAUGGACCUGACCGGUGCCGGCGGAUGCCAAGCCGGGCAGCCGCUUCCAGCCGACCGCCGAGGUGCGCUGGCUGGUCUGCAAGGACGUCUGCAUCCCCGAGCAGGUGUCGAUGGGCCUGGACCUGCCCGUGGCCGCCGAAGCCAAGCCGGGCGCCGAUGCAGCCCAGAUCGAGGAAUGGCGUGCCGCCAUCCCCAAGCCCGCGCCCGUCACUACGCUCGCGUGGCGCGUCGGGAAGGUCUCGGCGGCAUGCCCCUGCUCAACCGAAGUACCGCCAUGCAAAUCCGUUCCGUCGCCCUUGCCGCCCUGCUUGCCACGGCCUUCGCCGCCCAUGCCGACACCGUCGCGCUGUGGGACUUCAACAGCUACUCGUGCAGCAGCGCCUGCUCGACGCCGCCGAAGGCCACGCAGACCGCCAACGGCGGCUCGCUGAGCACCGUGGGCGGCGUGACGUUCACCUCCGCAGCCGGCUCCGGCACCGGCAGCGCGUUCAACACCACCACCUACGCGGCCCAGGGCACGGGCGACCUGACGCGCGGCAUCCAGUUCCUGAUCGACACGACCGGCUACACCGACCUCGUGCUGACCUUUGCCCAGCGCAACAGCAACACCGCCUCGGCCUGGACGAUGCUGCAGUACACGGUGGACGGCAGCACCUGGCAGAACGCCACCACCUUCCUGAUGCCCGCCGCGUCGGCCACGACCUUCGUCAACGGCCUGACCUACGACUUCUCCGCCAUCACCGCGGCGAACAACAACGCCGAUUUCGGCAUCCGCUUCCUGGGCACCUUCGUGCCGGGCACGAGCAGCUACGUCGCGACGGCCGCCGGCCAGACCUACGCCACGGGCGGCACGAUCCGCUACGACAACGUGCUGCUCAGCGGCACCGCGAUCCCCGACGUCCCCGUCGACCCCGCCCCCAUCCCCGAGCCGCAGACCUACGCGCUGAUGCUCGCCGGCCUCGCUGCCGUCGGCCUGCUGGCCCGCCGCCGCGCUCGCUGA